GCUGGGAAUAAUACCAUUACGCCUCUCUCAGGAACACGAAGAAAAACUAACCUCUCUCUCUCUCUCUCUCACACACACAAACACACACACUCUCUUUCUCUCUCCCCAAUCACCUCCCUAAUCGACGGGCCAAAAGCUUGGUUGUCAAUCUGUGAACUGCAACCUCAGAUUUGUGAAAGUGGCAGAUGUGCUAGAUUAUUCUGCAGUUGCUCAAAUAAUCGGGUUCUGCCUAGUGCGUGACCUUUGAGUUGAGCAACUUCUCUUUAUCCUAAUGGGCACCUCGCAUCGGAGUGGGGUGUUAAAGAGGUCAAAUGACGGUGCGAGACUCAUUAUAACAACCAUCAUGGGCGUAGUGUUUGGAUAUUUUAUAGGUGUUUCGUUUCCUUCUGUUUCUUUAAGUAAGAUUAAUCUACCUUCAAGUUUAAUAUCAUCGCUUGAUAUGGCCUUUAAUGAAGAUCAUCAAAACUCUGGUGAUCGUAGUUUUCCUGAAAAUCUUGGUUCUGGCAGUACUCCUUUGACACCCAAGAUAUAUGUUCCUACAAAUCCCCGUGGUGCACAGUCUUUGCCACCGGGAAUUGUUGUGUCAGAAACAGAUUUUUAUAUGAGAAGAUUAUGGGGUGAACCUAGUGAGGAUUUGAAAAGGAAGCCAAAGUACCUCGUAACAUUUACAGUUGGUUUGAACCAAAAAAAUAUUAUUAAUGCAGCUGUGAAGAAGUUUUCUGAGGAUUUUCAGAUAAUGCUUUUCCAUUAUGAUGGCCAGACAACUGAAUGGGAUCAAUUUGAGUGGUCACAGCGGGCCAUUCAUGUCAGUGUUAGAAAACAAACUAAAUGGUGGUAUGCAAAGAGAUUUUUGCAUCCAGAUGUUGUUGCUGCUUAUGAAUACAUUUUCAUUUGGGAUGAAGAUCUUGGAGUCGAACACUUUAAUGCCGACAGGUACAUGGAUUUGGUUAAGAAACAUGGUUUAGAGAUUUCCCAACCUGGUCUUGAACCCAACAAUGGAUUGACAUGGCAAAUGACAAAGAGACGAGGUGACAGAGAAGUUCACAAGGACACAGAGGAGAAACCUGGCUGGUGCAGCGACCCACAUUUGCCUCCAUGUGCAGCCUUUGUGGAAAUUAUGGCUCCAGUAUUCUCUCGUGAAGCUUGGAGAUGUGUUUGGCAUAUGAUUCAGAACGAUUUGGUUCAUGGAUGGGGAUUAGAUUUUGCAUUAAGAAGAUGCGUGGAGCCUGCACAUGAAAAAAUUGGGGUGGUUGAUUCCCAAUGGAUUGUGCAUCAAGUGAUUCCAUCGCUUGGAAGUCAGGGCGAGACCGACAAGGGGAAAGCACCAUGGCAAGGGGUACGAGAUAGAUGCAAAAACGAGUGGGCGCUUUUUCAGGACCGACUCUCAAAUGCAGACAAGGCGUUUUUUUUGGGGCGUCAGAAUCCUUAAACUAUGAUCUUAUCUCGUCUAAUCUUGUAAAUUGCUUUAAUUUUUUCCUUCUCGCUUUCCUUCCUAUCUCCCCCCGAGUGGCGUUUCAUAGUCCGAUUCUUUUAUUCCGAGUUAUAUCCCCUUUUCAGCUUAUAUCGGCUCUAGGAUAGCUGAGUUACCGGUAGCGUAAAAAAGACAUGGUCGAUACUGAAAAGAUAAGUUCCGUUUUUUGUGUGCAGAAGUAGAAAUAGGUUCUAUUUAGUUAUAUUAUGUAUGCCGAUGGACACAUUAGUAUUAUUACAUAAUUUGUUGUUUUCGCAAAUCUUCAUGCUUUAUGUAUGCCGAUGGACACAUUAGUAUUAUAGUAUUAUUA